ACCUAUAUUAAUUAACAGAGUUAUUUCCCUUUGUUUUAGAAACCCUAUUUGUAUGGCUUAGAAUAAACGUAUAUGCAACAUCAAAGAUGCCUAAAGUUAAGAGCACACCUAGAAAACCUAUUUUGUGUCCUUUAUGUGAGAUUACCAUUAAAGCAACAGAAGACUUCCGACAACAUGUUAUGCAUUGUAAGGGAGUUGUGAUUAAGUGUGAGGACUGUAAUAAAACCUUCAAGAAGAAAGUUUAUUUGCAAGUACAUAAGCGGAAAUUUCAUACAGAGAAGCCACCGGAAGUGACAAAAGUUAGUACAACAGAAAAUGUUGAAAGUUCAGAAAAAGAUUUUUCUGAUAACAGUGAUAUCUCUGAUUGGGACAAAGAUCCAGAUAUAGAAUUAGUUGAGGAUACAAGGGUCUUAGAUGAUAUAACUUUGCUUGGUCGAACAAUUAGAAAACCAACAAAUCCAAGGGCUCUUAUUACUCCAAAAGCUAGAUCUCCUAUUCAGCAAAUAACGGAGAUUGAAGAGAAAUUGUUAGAUGAUGAAAAUGAAAGAUCUGAGGAUAUUAUGUUUGAUAGCAAUUUGUCAAAUGAGAAUGAAACUGAAGAUGUGGAGAAUGAUAUAGAAAAACAGAGUAGGGAGGAGAGUUCUAACAAUAAAGUGACAGAUGAACAAAUGAAUGACAAAAGGUCAUAUGAUUCAGACAAUUCAGAUAGUGAUUGUCAGGUUGAUGAAAUUAUUGUGAGAGCAGGUAGUUUUCCAAUAAGGAAGAAAUUUACAAUGAUUCUGCCAAAUGGAGACAAGUUUAGCCUUCAGAUGAAGUACGAGGCAAAGAAAUGAGUGGUAAAACAAUAACGAUGUUGUGUUUACUUUAUAUUGAUUUUUUUAUUUUAAAAUAUCAGUAGGUAACUGGUUGUGUUAGGAAGUCUUAUUCUAUAACAGUAACAGUUUUAAUUCUGAAAUAUGUGUUCAGUGAAAGAUGAAACAUUUAUAGUUACUAAAAGUAAAUGUGUGUCUUAAAUAAAAGUGAAAUGUU